AUGGUCAUUGAGGCUGAUUAUGCCAUCUGCACAUUUUCAAUCGGUGUCCUACAACAUAAUGAUGUUCAAUUUGUACCAAGAUUUCCGGCAUGGAAGCAAGAAUCGAUCUUUACCUUUAAGAUGGCAACUUAUACGAAAAUCUUUCUUCAAUUUUCCCACAAAUUUUGGAAUAACACACAGUUUUUUUUGUAUGCUGAUCCAUACCGGCGAGGUUAUUAUCCACAAUGGCAGUCAUUAAGUGAAGUCGGCUUUUUCCCAGAUAGUAAUAUAAUAUUUGUUACUGUUGUCAGUGAUCAAGCUUAUAUUGUUGAAGCACAAAGUAACAACCAAACAUUGACAGAAAUUAUGGCAGUAUUAAAAUCGAUGUAUGGAAAUGAAAUUCCACAACCCAUUAAUUUUUACUAUUACCGAUGGACCGAAGAUCCAUUAUUUCGUGGUUCGUACAGUAACUGGCCGGUUGGUACCUCACGGUGUCAACAUGAUAAUCUUCGGCGACCAAUUGGACGUCUUCAUUUUACUGGCGAAGUGUAUUCAAAAGAGUAUUACGGAUCUCUACAAGGUGCAUAUAUGGAAGGUGUGCGAACGGGCAAAAAGGUAGCCGAUUAUGUAUUGGGCAAAAUAUUUCCAGAAAGUAAUCAGGACUAUUCAUGCAAAUAUAAGUGA